AUGGCUUCGCAUACCAUCGUUGGUAUAGAUGAGAAUAGUCCGCUUAUUACUGAGCGUACGACACGGCCAUUAAAAACAUCAUGGAUAAAUUCAUUUUUAAUAUUUGUUCCUUUUGGGUUUUUGUCCCAUUUUUUGAAUUGGAGUGACACCUGGGUGUUCGUGACGAAUUUCCUUGCUAUCAUUCCACUUGCCAAAUUACUCGUAUUCGCUACAGAUGAUCUUUCUCGUCGUACUGGUCAGACUGUGGGAGCUCUCCUGAAUGCUACAUUUGGCAAUGCUAUCGAACUUAUUAUUGGAAUUGUUGCCCUCUUCAAAGGAGAAAUAGUACUUGUUCAAGCAUCCAUGAUGGGUUCAAUUAUAUCAAAUCUGCUUCUUGUCUUGGGAGCAUGUUUUCUUGCCGGUGGUAUUAAGUACUCGAUACAAGAAUUCAACGAGACAACGGCACAAACAAAUGCUAGUUUGAUGACAUUGGCUUGUAUUGCAUUGAUCAUUCCAGCUUCCUUUAGCGUUGCCACUCAUCAUAUAGACAGAAACGCUCCCGAAGUGGUGGGUCUGAGUCAUUACACGGCGAUAGUUUUAUUGAUCGUUUACGUGUUAUAUUUGCUGUUCCAGCUUAAAACUCAUGCUUAUUUGUAUACCACAAACGAAGAGAGCGAAAGACCUGAACUCCCUCUUGCAGUUUCCGUGAUUCUUUUGGCCGUGGCUACUGUCAUUGUCGCCGCAUGUAGUGAAUUUCUCGUAUCCUCCAUAGAAGGUAUCACCGAGUCUCUAGGAUUGCCCAAGAUAUUUGUUGGUCUUAUUCUACUUCCCGUCGUCGGUAAUGCUGCAGAGUCUAUGACGGCUAUUAGUGCUGCUAUAGAAAAUAAGAUGCAGUUGGCUAUUGGUAUUGCAGCGGGAAGUUCACUUCAAAUUGCUCUGUUUGUGACGCCCUUUUUGGUUGUGCUUGGUUGGAUUAUCAAUCAACCGAUGACUUUAUCCUUCGAUUUGUUUGAGACAAUAUUGUUAUCCGUCUCUGUGUUGAUUAUGAAUUAUUUAAUUCAGGAUGGUAAAUCUAAUUGGUUGGAAGGCGCUUUGCUUCUUGCGACAUACGCUAUUAUUGCUAUCGCUUUUUACUUCUAUCCGGCUGAUAUUCCAGGAACUAUAAAGUCAUGA